UAUCCGGCUUUGCAUGUGUGGGAUUCCUGCUCCUGGAAUGUGCAAUCACAGUAAGCUUUCAUUUCUUUGAUAUCAGAUCAGCAUGACAGAAUCAGAUGAUAGAGCGCUACAAUUACAGCUGCACCUUUUGAAAACACAUUUGGCAUUCGGUACAGCACAUGCUGCAUACAUUGAUGCCCCAAAUACCGUCAAAUAACUUGUUACUAUCAGAUCAUAUACAUCAAAGGCAUCAUCUGUAUGGCUGACACCCUCUUCUGUCAAUUAUUUCUUGUUAGCGAGGCUUAAACCUGAUGGGGAGUGGCUUAAUUAUAACACCCUCUACAUUUUGCACAAUUACUGGCAGUGGCAUCAUUAGGUUAGUAUGUAGAAUGAAGACCCGGUCAUACUCCCAAUGGCAGAUUGCUAUCUACACCAUGUUAAUAGGAAUUAGACAUGGCAUUUUGUGUUACCUAAAGUACCAUCAGGGAAUCUGCCCUCGCUUUGUCCCCUCAGCAGGGUUUCAUAUUAAAGCUCAUGUUGCUGGAAAAGCGAGUGCUUUGUAAUCUUAGAAAAGGUGGCGGGUUUAAGGCAUUUGGCUGCAGCUAUUUUAAUCUGAAGGCUGGAACAUUAAGUCAGACGCACGAUAGAGAAGUAGAAGGGCCUCCCCAAGGGCUAGCCAGUUACACGAGUAAAGCUCAGGAGAAAGCGAGAAUAUGUGCAUGCAAAUCAGCACGAGUGCCUUUUUUUAGUAUGAUAGGGUUUUUUAUGCCAAACUGAAUCAAAAGUGUGUCGUAGAGCUCCACUACCGCCACUUCUUUCUUUCUAUCUCAUGUCAUUCACCCUACAUUCCCUUGAUGGGUGAAAAUCUCCAUGACGACCCAUCUCCGGUCUCUUUCUCCUCUCUCUCUAGCUCUCUUUCUAGUGUGCGUCAUGAAGAUGAAAAGUGCCUAAUCCCCUGGUGGAACUCAGUCUAACAGACACACAUGCAGAAUCCCUGCUUUUGGGAAGACGUCACGCACAAGUGCAUCACUCUCUCUGAGUGAGCACGGCUUUACAGAGGGAAGCAGCGGAUGGAGAAAGAAAAAGAGAGAGAGGGAGGGUGGCGAUAAACGCUUAUUGUUCUUGAGGAGCCUGAACUGGAGGUGUGGCAUCUGCCGGGCGUUGUCGUGGAGACAGAGGGCUGGCUGUUCCCUCUUCCUCUUGGCUGAUCACUCAGACGCUGAUCACAGGGACGCUGAUCCUUAUGGCAUCUAGAACAGCAGCCACAGGGGUUUCAGCGAGUGCUGCUGCGAAUUUCCACAGCCCGCUCCUGCUGCGCUUUAGUGGAGAGGUGGGAAAAGAGAGACACAGGAGCGAGGGAGACAUCACUGCGAUAUUUCAUCAGCACGGUGCACGUGGCCAUGCUGUUCUCGCCGUUCUCUUGUGCUCUGGGGCUCUCCCUGCUGCCACUCCUCCUGUUUCAGUGCCCCGCCCACGCCUGUCCUGCCCGCUGUGAGUGCUCUGUGCCCACGCGUUCUGUGUCAUGCCAUCGCAGGCGGUUAGCGCAGGUGCCUGAAGGCAUCCCUAUAGAGACAAGGGCAUUGGACCUCAGUAAAAACCGGCUGCGCAUUGUGACGCCACAGAACUUCUCCUCGCUGCUGUUGCUGGAGGAGCUGGACCUCAGCAACAACUUGUUGUCAUCCGUGGAACCUGGCAGCUUCCGCGCUCAGCCGCGGCUACGCUCGCUCCAACUGCGCAGCAAUCAGUUGACUCUGCUGCCACGUGGAGCGCUGGCUGGCCUCAGCGAGCUUACCCUGCUGGAUGUCAGUCAAAACCGUCUUGUUAUUCUGCUGGACUACGGUUUUGAGGAGCAGCGGAGGCUGAGGGUACUAGAGUUAAGUGAUAAUGAGCUAGUGUUCAUCGCCCCACGGGCCUUCAGUGGCCUCGCAUCCCUGCGCUCUCUGACGCUGCAACGAUGCAACCUGAGCACAGUGCCCACACAUGCUCUCGCACAUCUGCAUGGUCUAACCAGCCUGCGGAUGCGGGACUUGGGCAUCGAGGAGCUUCAGGCACACGCCUUUAAGGGUCUACCACGACUGAAACACCUGGAAGUGGACCGUUGGCCAUUGUUAGAAGGGUUACCGACCUCUGCUUUGCAGGGGCUGAACCUCAGCACACUGUCCAUUACACACACCAACUUGACGUCUGUACCAGUGGUGACACAUCUGCCGUAUCUAACUCAUCUCAACCUGUCUUACAGCCGUAUACGUGUCCUGCCAGCAGGGUGGUUGCGGGGAAUGGGCCGGCUGGAGGUUGUACGUGUGCGACAGUCUAACCUGCUCAGUGUGGAACCUCAAGCCUUUCAAGGAGCCUCCUCGCUGCGCCUUCUUGACCUUUGUUACAACCGUCUCUCCACGCUGGAGAGGAGUGUUUUUCCUGCUUCCGAGGCCCUGCAGACUCUUCUGAUUGGCCAGAACCCAUUAGUGUGCGACUGUCGUCUACGCUGGCUCCUGGAGAGGACUCCACCCUUGCCAUACGGUGAUGUUCAACCUGAAUGUAGUGCUCCUGCACCCUUGGCUGGGAAGCCUCUUAGUUACCUGGUGGAACCUCAAAUCUCUCGUUAUGUUAUCUGCACCAAACCCAGGGUUGUCUCCAUGGCAACUUACCCGGCACAGGUGGAAGAAGGGCAGAGAGCUUGGCUAUAUUGCAGUGCAGAUGGGGCUCCACCUCCCUCUGUGUCAUGGCUAACACCGCAUAGGCGGCACAUUACCACAAAGAGUACGGGAAGAAUGGUGGUCCACACCAAUGGGUCACUAGAGUUCCGCAUGGCAGAGCCUCAGGAUAGCGGCAUGUACGUGUGUGUGGCAUCAAACCCAGCAGGCAAUGCCACUCUCUCCGUCACGCUUGCUAUUAAAAGCUUAGGAAUCAGGGACAGAACCCUUUAUGCCAACCGCAGCUUUUUUUUUGACUCGGACUACAACAAUUCCCUGAUUAACGGCACAGAGGAGUACACCAUCAGGGUGGUUCUGGACUUCACCACCAUCCUGGUCUCCACAGCAAUGGGCUGCCUCAGCUUCCUGGGUGUCGUCUUGUUCUGUUUCUUGUUGUUGUUUGCAUGGAGCCGUGGCAAAGGAAAGCACAGAGGUAGCGUGGACAUUCAGUACGUCCCACGAAAGCGGAAAGGUGCAAACUCAGAACUCACAGAAACAAGUGGGCCCAGAAGAGUCAAUAUGAAGAUGAUCUAAAUUUUUAUAUUGCCGAGGAUUUCAUGGAUUGCAUGGUUGCGUAUGUAUGUCUGUUGGACUUUGUGAGUCUUUGGGUAGAUGUGCUGCAAAAGAUGCAAAGGAUGUAUUUAAACAUGAGAUUGUACAUGUGGUAUCCCAAUGACAAAAAGAAAGAAAAAGAAAAAUUCUGCGAUGCUUUGUCUGUAGAAAGCAUUAUUUGGACAGUGCAGAAGUUCAAGUUGUUGUAUAUAUUUCAUAUUUGUGGGAAAGAAUGGUAUAUUUCUAUAUAUGAAUAUAUCUAUUUAAAGAUACAUUACAAUUUCCUUUCAAAACGCUGCAAAAACUAAUGUUGUCUUCCCCAAUAAGCAAAGUAUCUACUGGAAGAAGCCUCGGCAGUGCUGUGUUGUGAAGUGUUUGGUUUUGCUCAGAAUUCCUGUUCUCUUGGGACAUCCUCGUCUUAGCAGAGCCUCCGGGGGAACCGGAGAGUUUCCUGCCAUUUUGUUGUAAAGAUGUUAAAAUGCAAGAAGCCGUUUGAAAUGGUUGGUUCCAGGGGCUGUAUUUGUGACUCAGUGGAAGUCUGUGGAACUGUGUGAAAAUGUUUUUUUCUUUUCUUAUGUUCUGUCAAAUGCUGCUCAAAUGGUUUUACAUACUAAAUAUCUGGUUAUAUUUUCCAAAGAAAAUAAAUAUAAAUCGUACAGCUUGAUCAGUGUUACUGUCAUCUCAGAUACGGUUGCCUGUCUCAAGUGUUCCCUGUGGCACAAAACAUGCCAAACAGAAAUGAAUCUACACCUUGUUAGCCUUACUGCUUUUGGUGCUUCUUAUAUUCAUUUAUGCAUUUAUUUAUGUAUUUUUGCACAGCUAUGACUUCAUCUCUUUAUGGUGAAAUGUCACCCAAUUUUGCAUGCAGGAUAUUGCUAAAAUUUCCAGUAAUUUCAGUUAUGGGAUAGAUUAUUGCUGUGGUUGCUUAGCAACAUGCAUAUAAAAAUGUAAAAUAUAAAAGCUGUUGGUAAUUUGAACUUGAAAUUUCACACACAUAUCCAGCUUCUCAUGAAGCAUUAAUUGUUUUAUAUUUUUUUGUUAAUUUCGCCAUCCCACUACGUUACGAAGGACGACUAAAAAGGACAGCUCAAGUAGUAGUGACUAAAUUUCUUUAAGCAGACAUAACAAGCAAAUAUUCCAUUAUAGCCUAGUAGAUGUCUUGGUAGUGACCUUUUUCGGGGCUCUUAAAAGCAUGAAAUGGACUUAUAUUUGUUCCUGUCUGCUGCCUUUGACGUCACAGCUCAGGAUAGUCACUAGUAAAGGGUUUGGGACUAUGAAUGUACUUGUGGUUUGAUCAACAAAUCAUUGUUGUCAUGAUGUCAUUUUCCUACUUCUCCAAAAUAAAAUAAAAAUAAAAAAUGGCUCAAAUAACAGUAUCCAGAACUGAGUUCCCAUGAGCAAGGAUGGCAGACUUCAGGUUGCAUACUUCAAGGUGGUCACUUGUCAGGCAAGCAACUGUGGUUAAAAUGAAUGGGAAUCCUAACUGAUAGCUUUCGCCUGGUAUUAUUGACCUCCUUGAUUCAGGUGUACAAGCACAAAGCUGCUGAAGCUCUAUUGAUUUCUACUUAAUACAGUUAAGCUAAAUCAGUCAGCCAGGAGUAUUUAGAAUACUCUUAGAAAAUUUUACAUUGCUUCUCUGAGUGAGUUCAUGUCCAUUAAUAUCAUAGUGAAACUCACACUAAUCUGUCUGUAAUUAUCUGUAGAACAUUCAUAUUAUAUUUCUACAGGUGUAAUGAAUACAAAGGACUCCUCUCUUGCUAAGGGCUUUGUAAUUAUUAUUUUUUUAAAACACAUAAAGGUCUAAGCUGUAUUGGUUUGAUUUUCUCUACAGUGUCAUAUGCAGUAUGAUCCCUUGUUCGACAAUGUCUUUAAAAAUUUCAUUUUUAAAAUCCUCAAACCAAAUCUUGAUGUCAGUUGUGUUACAUUUAAGCAUUUAAUUGCCUGCUUCUUGCUGUUCAGGUUAGACCUUGUAUAUAGCAACUUGAAGCUGUAUUUAUACUACAUUUCUGCCCGACUCUGUCUUACCUCAAUUUUAAAAAGGAAAGACGGAUGACUAUAAACUGUAUUUGAUAUAAGCACUACACUAAAUUAAAUUUAGCUUAUCCAAACAGAUUAUUAUUUUAAAGUCUUUCCUCCACUUAAACUGCUUUAGAUUGCAAGGACAGAGUUUUCCAUCAAGACAAUGUGCCUCGGGUUACUACUUUUUGUCCUUGGUGCCAAAAGUAGUCCAGCUGUAUUAAAGAAACUGCAGGCCGACCCGUUAACCUCCAUGUGCUACACCAGUCCCUUGAAGUACCCUGAAGGAUUGCUGGUCUUUAUGAGCUUGUUUUGUUACACAGUCAAAAGCAUCUAAAUAUACCUGAACUAAUCAUGUCCAUGUCUAUGACUCACAAAACGGAAACAAAAUAAGUGGCUUUUAUACGAGUGUCCUAGAGUGUGCGUCAUCAUCAUAUGACUACAUGGUGAGUGCUUGACCUUGCAGUGUUCUGUCAGGAUGCGUUUUGGGUGAAAAUAUGAGCAGGGGCCACUUUUCUAUGUGAAUGAAUCUUCCUCAGAGACACAUUAAA